AACACACCCCAUAUAUGACAUCUAUACAAACAGUAAAAUUGUAGCUGUGAUUUGAAUUGAUAUGUCAUCUGGCGCAUUAAAUACCCUGGCUAUUGUUCUGCUCUUGGUGCCAGGUACAUUUUGUCAGUGCGUUAACUGUAACGCUCACUGGAAGUUUCAUUGCAAGACUAACUUAACGGGGUAUUACUGCGCUCCAGGUGCUUACAUCCACCAAUGGAUUAUGACAGAGGAAGAGUACCAGUUGGGUUUUACGGGCUUUACCACCCCUUUUUCAUCAUGCACGCCGUUCCCAUUAGAACUAAGUUACGUCGAGACGUUUUGCUGUCUGUAUUCACCCAAGUACGGCUGCCAGUUGGCCCUUAAUCCGGGCAUCUUCAAAAAGGAGAAGCUACCUGCCAGUAGAUGCGAGGACUGCAUUAAGCACUGUCGAUGCUCGAACAAGGCGACAGCACCUCUCAAGCCUCGGAUGAUGGUACCCCUUCUGGGAGUAUUGGCUAUGCUAACCGAGUGGAUCUACUCGGCUCGGAAAGUUUGGGCAGGAUGCGGUGCAUCUUAUUUGAGCAUUGGCAGUAGUUGAAUGUGUGAAGAAUUCAUUGAAUUCUCGUUGAAUGCGAUGAUUUUUUAUCCUCAAAUGUCACGAGGCUAACCGAGUUCAAGGCGAAGACAGUUGCACCUUAGGAGGAGGUACCGCAGUUCUAUUCGUUCGGAUUGGUAAACCCUACAAAAUUGAAGAGACGUAGCCAGCUAAUAAAAACUACAAAUGGCUGAAACGAAAAAUUGAUGUCCUUUGGUCAAUAUCCUUCAGCUUUGAACUGUUUGACCACCAAAUGCUGGCUCUUGGGUUGGGGAAAAGCCCAGAGUCCAGAGUUGGCCGGCG